CUACCCAUCCAUCAUCCAUUCAUCUUGUCCUCUCGAUCCCAUCCCCUUCAUCCACCAUCAACACCCCCAAUUACCACAUCUUGAAGUAAUUGUGCGCAUACGUCAAGAUGUUCAUCCCACAAUCUACCUCGAGUAGUCUCAACCGCAGAGCUUGCUCCAGUGGUUGGUAUCUCGGCAAUGAUGGUCUCUGCUACCGCUCCAACUUCUCCUACUGGGGCCGCUGGGUCCUCGCCGCCAUCAUCAUCGUCUUCGUCAUCGCGCUUCUCGUCUUCUGGAGCUGCAUCAACAACCGCCGCCGCCGCCGAAUGGGCUUGCGGCCUCGCUAUGGCACCGGCUGGGUGGGUGGCGGUCCCUUCGGCGGUGGGUACGGUGGCCAGCAGCAGCAACCCGCGCCGCAGUAUGGCAACCAGAAUGGCGGCUGGUUUGGAAGCAACAAGUACAACUCCAACCCGCCUCCCCCCCAGUACACGCCCAACGACGUCCCGAACCAGUACACCGGCAACACGCACAACACCAACGAUGGCUACUACGGCCAGCAGCCUAAUGACGUCCCCCUGCAGCAGCCCUCUGGCAGCUAUUACCCGCGUGGUGGCGAAACCGUGUACGAGCCUCCCACCAGCCCACCGCCUGCCAAGCACUGAGCGUCUAUGGUUGUUGGAUGACGCAAAGGGCGGGAAACAAAUCUUUUCUCUUUUUUCUUUUUCACUAUGGGAUUAAAGAUGAUUUGCGAUUGGGCAGUCAAAAAGAUGUGAUACCUGAAUCGACGACAUUCCUUUUUUUCCCUCUUCAUACAGGACCGCGGGAUCAAUGAGAGACCAAUGAAUGGCGUUUGGUCCGGCCUGGCGUUAUGGCUCAUCACAAAUGGGCAGGGUUUCGACAUCACGUACAUGCUAUUCUCUUACUGGAACGGGGCUCAAACAUGGGUAAUGAAAGAGUGUGGAUGGAUGGAUGGCUGAUACGAAAAGAAAUACCCUCGGUGCCAUGGGCUUUUAAAAACUCAUUCAAUGCCCAGCUGGAACGUUUUCCUCAUUAGUAAUAUAUUAUCAUUACC